AUGGCGGUGUGGCUGAACAGGAACUGGCAGUGUGCCCAGGUGGCCAAGAAGGCCAAUGGCACCUGGCCUUCUGAACGCCGGGUGCAGACACUGUGUGGAGGGCCCGGCACUGCUCAGGCUCUCGCGGCGAGCGCGGAGCUCGGGCCGGCUGUGGGCGUACGGAGCCCCGCGCGGGCCAUUUCGGGGCGCCCUUCCCUGGGCCCGCGCUGGGGAGGUUCCGCGGCUGAGCAGUGCCGCCCGGCGGCCAGAGCUGGUACUGCACCCCGAGGCACCGGCUCGGCCCCGCAGAGCUGCGGCUCGUCCUGCGCGCUUCGCAGAACCAGGCGACUGCUGAAUGUAAGGACACAUUCCGAAUGGAAAAGGAACUUUUCAUUAGUGAGGUCUUUUCAGAGGUUUUAUUUCAGAUCAAAAGUACAAUUACUCCCAAGUUUCAAAGAAAAUUCUGAGUUAAUCAAAAGGCUUCUUACUGAUUUUUUUUCCAUAUCUCUGGAUGUGUGGAAUGUGGUUCACCCACCUCAGUCUAAGGAAUGCUCAUCAGUGAGAAAUCCAUGGAAAGUGAGGAAGUACACAAAAGAAGCUGGGAGGGAGCAUAGCUGGGGCAGUGGGCCCAAACUGAGCAGAGGGAUAUUCCACACCAUAGAGCGUCAUGCCCAGUAUUUAAACUGGGGGGAGUUCAUGGAACCACAGCCAGUCUGGGGUUGGUCAGAAGGUGGUGAGCAAUUGCAUUGCAAUGGUGGAUUCUCUGAUUCUCCACCAGGAGGGGCACAGAGACAAUCUUGCAUUUACUGCUUCUAACAAUCAGUUCAGGAAGUUGAGACAGCAUGCUUUAGUGCAGGCAGCAAAACAAGUGGAAGUUUAGAUUGAGUAUAAAAACACUUUAUCAGAAAAACAGUAGACCCCAAAACACUGGGGUGCAUUACAGUGCCAGGAGCCUUCAGUAUGACCAAGCACAUGCAGAUCCUGCAACAACAACAAAAUAAUCUCCUUUACUCUGACUGUGAGUAGCUGAACAGACUAAGUUUCUGGCAGUAAUCCAGUCUCUUUCCCUUCCACCCUCACCAGUGGAUGUUCCUGUGAUAAACAGUCCAUUCCUUAAUUCCAUUGUAUUUACAGUAAGAGUUUAGAACUGGUUCAAAUAAAAAAAAAAA